UGUGCAUAGUAGAGACCGGACCAUUUAAAAGGCGCCCUCCAGAAGACGUGCACGGCCACGCCCCAUCAUUCCAGUCCUGUUCUCUGCGGAGCCACGAAAAAGGGGGGUGGGGCCUCAGGCCCAGGCCAAGAUGGCGGCGGCGAAACCGACCCCCACCGACUCGCUCUCGUUCUGCCUCGCGCAGCUCACAGCAGCGGCCGUGGAGGAGCCGGGUGGGGAAAAGGACUCGGCAGCCAACGAAGCCCCCUUGAGCCGCGCGCUCCUAGCCCUUCGCACGCGCCACGUCAAGGCGGCAGGGGAUAUUGAGCGUUUCCGGGCGCGCGGUGGGCUCCGCCCCCUGCUCGCUCUGCUGCGGCGCACCGCAGCAGUGGCGGCGGGGUCCGCCCCGCCCCCGGCAGGCCCCGGCCCCGCCCCUCCACCGGCCACGUCGACGGGCGCUGUCGGUCCCGCCCCUUCCUCGGGUCCCGCCCCCCCCGCUGCUACGUCAGCACCAGCGCGUUUACGCAGAACGCUCGAUUUGGCCCUCAGCAUCCUUGCCAACUGCUGCACGGAGGGGGCGUGCCGAACUGAAGUGCGCAGACUCGACGGUAUUCUCCCACUUGUAAGCAUCCUACAAUGUGUGAGGACUGACAGCAUACAGAACCGGACAGCCCGAGCCUUAGGGAACCUGGCUAUGGAGGCUGAGAGCUGUGGAGACAUCCACAGAGCUGGUGCUGUGCCUCUGCUGGUUGAGAUCCUCACUGCAUCUCAGGACUCCCACUGUCUCCAGAGUGUUGUCCGCGCCCUCCGAAACUUGGCUGAUUCACCUCAGCACCGCCUGGCCCUGGCCCAACAGGGGGCAGUUAGGCCUCUGGCAGAGCUACUGGCUACAACCUCUGAUCCUGCCCUGACUUCAGCCCUGGCUCGGGCCCUGUUGGAGCUAAGCCGAGGCUGCUCACGAGCCUGUGCUGAACAGCUGAGCCUGGGUGGUGGACUGGGCCCCCUAGUGAGCCUAGCCACUCACCCUAAGCGGACAGUACGUGAUGCAGCCAUCCUGACUCUGGCCAACUUGUGUGCCCAGGGCCUCGUGCGUCCUGCUUUGGGCAAUGCUGGUGGUGUAGAAGUGCUACUCAGUGAACUUCGGAGGAGAAGGGGAUCCAGUGGGGCAGGCCCAGUGUCCCAGCAGGCCCUGGUUCGGGCUGUCUGUCUUCUCUGCCGUGAGGCCAUUAACAGAGCACGACUAAGGGAUGCUGGGGGUCUGGAGCUGCUCAUGUCCCUUCUGAGAGACCCACGAGCAGAGGCCUUUCACCCUCGUGUAGUAGCAGCACUUGUUGGCUUCCUAUAUGACACUGGGGCCCUAGGAAGACUGCAGGCACUAGGGCUUGUGCCAUUGCUGGCAGGGCAGCUAAGUGGUGAAGUUGGAGAAGAAGAGGAAGAGGGCCAUGAGGCUGCCUCCUGUGACUUCCCUGAGGAGCGGACCCCAGGACCAACAGAGGCAGGAAGCUUCAAGAGCCUCAGGUCGUGGCUGAUAUCAGAAGGCUAUGCUGUGGCACCUGGAGAUAUCUCCCCUGAUUGGUCCCCUGAACACUGCCCCCUGCCAGAGCUUUCCUCUGUCCCAGUCAGAUCCCUUCAACAGCAAUGCUUGCAGGACAGCCUUUCCUUCUCCCCAGUGUCUAAUCCUCCACCAACCUCUGCUCCAAACCCUGCCACCCUAGGCUUGGAGACUCCAAGCACCUCCCAACUGGAGACUCCCAGCCACUCAGGCAACAUCCCAAACCCUUCACCACCCCCACUGAGGACAUCUGGUCGGACUGAAGAAUUGUGGGGACGGGAAGGGCCAGCACUCUUGCUCUUGUCACGAUUUUCCCAGGCCCCAGAUCCUAGUGGGGCACUAGUGACCGGCCCUGCACUACAAGGCCUGCUAGGCUAUGUGACUGGGGCCCCUGGUCCUCCAAAUCCUCGAGCCCUUCGGAUUCUGGCCCGCCUCACCUGCAACCCUGCUUGCCUAGAAGCUUUUGUCCGAAGCUAUGGUGCUGCACUCAUCCGGGCCUGGCUAGUGUUGGGUGUUGCCCCAGAUGACUGGCGAGCCUCAAAGCCACCCCGGGCUCGAGCAGGCGAUCGAAAACAUAGAGAACUAGGUGAAAUGCUGCUCCAGAAUCUGACAGUCCAGGCUGAGUCUCCUUUCGGGGUGGGAGCACUUACCCACUUGCUUCUCUCUGGGACCCCAGAAGACCGAGUUGCUUGUGCACUGACUCUGCCCUUCAUCUGCAGGAAACCGGCUCUCUGGAGACGUCUCCUUCUGGACCAAGGUGGUCUGCGCCUCCUUCUGACAGCACUUUCUCGUCCAGCCCCUCACCCACUUUUCCUCUUUUUUGCUGCUGAUUCCCUCUCCUGCCUUCGAUGCCUGAUCUCCCCAUCAGUGGACUCGACCCAGCCUACUGUGGAUUCUUCUCCAACCUCCCCUUGCCUCUACGGGCAACUACUGGGCCCUACCCCAUCCGUAGUUCCUGACCUCCACUUCCUGCUGGACUCCGGCCUCCGACUGCCUGCCAUCCGGGCCUCUGCAGCAGAUGCUUCCCCCUUCUUCAGAGCCUUGCUAUCCGGAGGCUUUGCUGAGGCUCACUUGAGCCUAGUACCAUUGAGGGGCUUAUCCCCAGGGGCUGCUUGGCCUAUCCUGCACCAUCUUCACGGCUGCCGGAACUGUGGGGCUGCCCUACAGCCCAUCCCCACUGCAGGCCAAGCCCUCUUGGGCUCUGAGGCAGAAGCUGCCCUAGAGGCAGCUGGCCGAUUUCUGCUGCCCAUUCUAGAGAAAGAACUGGAAGAAGCUGUGGGAAGUGUGCACCUAGGGCCUUGUAGUCCCCCCGAGGCAGUGGGCGAGGUAUUCCGUCUUGGUGGAACCCGUCUGGCUGCAAGAUGUGCCCACUGGACCCUGGGACCUGGUCGGAGCCCACAAGCUCGGGCAACAGCCCUAGCUGGACUGGUAGAGGCAGCAGGAGAGGAGAGUGGGCUCCUGACGGAGGCCCUUCUGGGGGCUGUGAUGGGGACAAGAGGAAGGCUGUGACCAGGGCCACAGCCCCAGGACAGAGGAGAUGCCCUGUAGGACCUUAGCCUGGCCCCAGGGACUAGAAAAGGAGGCUUCUCUGGAAUAAAAACUGUUGC